GUGUGUGUUGGGUGGAGCGAGCAGACCCGUGUGCAGCCCGCUCCGGUCAGACCUUCAUCAUUACUUUGUUGUGUUCAACACUUUGGAUCAGAACCUCUCAGAUGAAGGUGGAGGGCUUACAGGAGGACGGAGAGUCCGGUUCGGUGUCUUCAGUAGGCCGUGGUUCUGUGGGGCCGACGUGCGCCAUCGUGUCCGCCGAGCGCUGCAUGUCCCGGCUGCUGAGCGCCGUGGAGAGCGAGCUGCAGGCCGGCCGGGAGAAGGGCGACCCGACGGAGAGGGAGCUGAAGGUGACCCUGGAGGACGCCGAGCUGUGGAGGAAGUUCCAGCUCAUCACCAACGAGAUGAUCGUCACCAAGAAUGGACGCCGGAUGUUCCCGGUUCUGAAGGUCAGCGUGUCGGGUCUGGACCCCAGCUCCAUGUACUCCUUCCUGCUGGACUUCGUUCCGGCCGACAGCUGCAGGUGGAAGUUUGUGAACGGGGAGUGGGUGGCGGCCGGCCGGGCCGAGAGCCGGGCCGAGGUCAGAGGUCAGGGCGGCAUCUACAUCCACCCGGACUCACCCAACUUCGGGGCCCACUGGAUGAAGGCGCCGGUGACCUUCAACCGGGUCAAACUGACCAACAAGGUGAACGGAGCAGGACAGAUCAUGCUGAACUCCCUCCAUAAGUAUGAGCCGCAGCUGCACAUCGUCUGUGUGGGCUCCCGCCACCGCCUGGUGUCCAACGUCUCCUUCAGGGAAACGCAGUUCAUCGCCGUCACUGCCUACCAGAACGAGGAGAUCACGGCUCUGAAGAUCAAAUACAAUCCGUUUGCUAAAGCUUUCCUGGACGCCAAGGAGAGGAACCCAGCAGGACGGGUUCUCCAGGACGCUGCGGAGAGCCGGGUCGGGAUCCAGCCCUGUUGGCCGCUGUGCUCAGCAGGAGGGGGCGGAGCCUUCCCCUACUCCAGCACCCUGCCGCUGGCGUCCCAUCAUCACCAUCACCAUGGUUACAAACCCCCCGGUUACCCGGGGAGACACACACCUUACCCCACCGCCUACCUGCCGCACCGCCCACACUCCUCAGUGAACCUGAUCUCUGAAGGCGUUCCGGUUCUCCAUGAAGGUUGGAGCGCUGCUUCUCCUCGUCCUGCCUCAUCUUCCUCCUCCUUCUCUCCCUCCUCCUCCUCACUGUCGAUGACCAGCGGUGCUCCGUCCUCACAGGCUCCUCCCCCUCCUCACAGCUCCAGCCAGUAUCCAUGUCUGUGGACCGUCGGAUGCUCUGAGAUAAGCCCCUCCCACUCUCCAUGUGCUACUCUCCAUGGACCAAUCAGCAGCGAGAACGUCAUCCAGCCUGCUGUCCACGGUCGAGUGGGCGGAGCCGGAUGGUCACCUGGCCCCGCCCACUCUUUCUGAGAAGGAAGCUAAUCGGACAACUAAUGGGAAACAAUCAUCCAGAUGUUUUGGAGGAAAUGAUAAAGUCAUGGUGACAUUUUAUCAUUUUUAAAAAUGAGCUUAAUGUAAUUAUUGUGAGCUACGUUUCCAAGGCAACAUCAUUCCAUAAUAAAUCAUGUGAAUCCAGCUAAAUAAAUAAACAGUAUCGUUUACAUUCUGUCAGAAAUAUAAGGUGUUUGUAGGGAACAUAAAACCUGCUGUGCAACAUCCAGAUGAAUAUUAUUCAUGUAGGUCAUUAAUGCUUUGUGAUAAAAGUAACUCGUUAUGAUGACAUGAUUUAAUUUGACCUUGUUUAAUAAAAUAAACAGUCCUAAUGUUGAGUUUUAAGUAUAAAGUGACCCUUUGGCGCCCUCUGGUGUUCCGAUCGUUCUCGUCUUCUUUUAUUCUGAUGUUUCUGUGCGAAAAAUAUAAACUUUAAAUGUAUAAAUUAAUCUGCAAAAGAAAGAAAAGCUGUGAUACGACUUUUUGUUCAGUUGAUGAACAAUUUGUUGGUGUUAUUUUAUUUUGUCUUCAUGAAUACGAAGAGAAAAUAAGAGCGGUAAUUGCUGCAGUUAUGUUGUAAGAU